GAGUCGAUCAGAAGCUUAAUUCAACUGAUAUUAACAUGACUGGCCGUGGUAAGGGAGGAAAAGGAUUGGGAAAAGGAGGAGCCAAGCGUCAUCGCAAAGUUCUUCGUGAUAACAUCCAAGGUAUCACUAAGCCAGCUAUUCGUCGCCUGGCCCGUCGUGGUGGAGUCAAACGUAUCUCUGGAUUGAUCUACGAAGAGACUCGUGGUGUGCUCAAGGUUUUCCUUGAGAACGUCAUCCGUGACGCUGUCACCUACACCGAGCAUGCUAAGCGUAAAACUGUCACAGCCAUGGAUGUAGUCUACGCAUUGAAACGUCAGGGCCGUACUCUCUACGGUUUCGGAGGUUAAAUAUUGCAUUCUACCAUCAAAUUUAUAACAAAACGGCCCUUUUCAGGGCCACCAAAUUUUUCAUACUAAGAAAAUCAUAUAAGU